AUGGCACUCGUCCUCGCCCUACGAGGUUGCACUGGCUACAGGCUGGCUUUUCAUGCCCGAUGCAGACAAACGAGACGUCGACCUUUGCGAAACAGUGGUGGGGAAGCCGAAGCUGAGAAAGAUGUUGCAGUUCCGACCAGAUUGCAGCUGCUGAAGUUUGCUGCCCCUUUGGCCGCAGUGAGCGUGACAGGCCCUAUCUUGUCGACUAUUGAUACAUCAUUUGUUGGACGAUGUGCUGGCACAGUGGAGUUGGCAGCCCUUGGACCUGCUUGUACAGUUACAGACCUCAUCUACCUGAUUUGCAGCACGGUUUCGACUGCGGCCAUCAAUCUGUAUGCAAAAAACGCGGAGGAGCAAAAGUUGAAGAGAUUCAAUGCGACGUGCCUUUCUGUGGGUUUCUUCGUGGGAGUCGUUGCUGCCCUGAUAUCUCUUACGUUAGGUGGGCAGUUGCUUCAAGCUCUCGGAGCCAUGCCAGUGAUGAUGGGGGUGGCACGGAAGUAUGUGGUAGUGCGAGCUCUUGGACUUCCAUUUGCGAGCAUGGCCUGUGCCAUGUAUGGGCUUUGUGUUGGACGUGGCGACACGCAAACACCACUGGCCGUGCAAGUUUACUUGUCAGCUCUUUUGAAUGUUUGCUUCGACUGGCUACUUUGUGCUGUCAUUCCAUGGGGAGCGUCAGGUGCUGCCUGGGCAACAGUCGCCGCGCAGACAACCAGCUUCUGCGCUUAUUUCGUUUUGAUGCGGCGGAAAGGGCACCUUCAACUGCCAAGUUCAGAAGACUUCCUGCCAUCCUUCGCGGAAGUGAAGCCAGUAUUUUCAAUAUUCCUUCCUGUCUCCUUCAUUGUGGUGUGUGUCCUAUCAAUGUACGCGUGCAUGUCAGGCUUUGUGAACAACACACAGCCCUUGCCGAUGAUAGCUGCAUAUAAGAUUUGGAUAACGGUCUUUGCAUUCUUUGCUUUGUGCGCAGACCCGAUGGCAGCCGCAACCUCCACCAAGCUUCCUCCAUUCAUUCUCGAAGGAUCCAGCCCAAAGGCACGGCUGUUCGUCCGACGAGCUAUUACCUGUGCUGCCGGAGUUGGCGCGGUUGGGGGUCUGCUUGGUGCAUCAGUGCUAAACUUUCUGCCGUGGAUCUUUACCCAGGAUGCGACAGUCUUGGACGGCGCCAGAAAUGGAUUGUUUCAUUUUGUGGUGAUUCUUUGCCUCAUGCAUCCUGCCCGAGUGUGUCAAAACUCGCUGGUUGUACAUGGCGACCUUCUUUUCUACGUCAUUGCGCAAACUGGCUUGUCUCUCCUUUUCUUCGCCGGCCUGACGUUGCUGGCACGCAGGUGUGCGACAGGGAGCAUCUCUGCCUACCGCAGCAUGCUGACUGCAACACUGAUCUUCUACAUGGCGAGCACCAUUCUGGUCAACCUCUCCUUACGUUCGUCUUGCCUGCGGGAUCAAGGUGUCUUCCAGUUGCCUGGCUUGCUUUGGUUGCGAAGUGUCAGACGCCGUCGCCUUUGCUUCAGACAGACAGGAAACACCUACGAGCAGCUGCGCGAGCUGGAUCUUAGUGACAAUAACUUCGGAGCCAAGGGGGCCGCCAAGGUGCUACAAUCGGGCAAAGAGCAUCUAGAAAUGCUGGACUUAAGUCGGAACAGGUUAGGUGAUGCCGGUGCCAAAGCACUUGCAGAAGUCCUUCUGAACUGCCACAGUAUCUCAGUGCUGCGGCUGAGGGCAAACGGUAUCGGAGAUGAAGGUGGCGAAGCGCUGGCAGAAUCCCUGAUGUCAGUGACGUCCUUGCGAGAAUUCGACUUCUCACAAAACGAGAUCCACCUGCCAACGUCUUCGGUGAUGCUGCGUGCUGUGUGCGCUUCCCGUGGGCUUCAGAGGCUCUACCUGGACAGCAGCUUGCCAUGGCCAACAAGCGACAGCUUCGAGGUCCAGGUUGCCGGCUUCACUGAUCAGCUGAGUGGCGCGCAGGCGGUGCCGUCAUUGCAGUUCUUGAGCCUAAGGCGUUGCGGGCUGUCCACCUCGGCCUGCAAACUCUUUCAAUUUUUGGCUUCCAACUCGACUCUCCGGCAGCUCAACGUCUCUUGCAACGGCUUGCGACAGAGCGUGGCUCCUGCGAUUGCAGCAGCGUUAACAUCCGCCAGUACAGGCCUGGAG